AUGUUGCCUGUGCAAAUUUUGAAGAAUAAUGCACAGGAGGAGCGAGGUGAAACCGCUCGUCUGAGCUCAUUCGUUGGGGCCAUUGCCAUAGGAGACCUUGUGAAAUCGACCCUUGGACCUAAGGGCAUGGAUAAAAUUCUCAUAAGUGGUAAUGGAGAACAUCAGGGAAUCAAGGUCACAAAUGAUGGUGCUACAAUUCUGAAGUCGAUUGGUGUGGAUAACCCGGCUGCCAAAGUUUUAGUCGACAUGUCUAUGACUCAAGAUAAUGAAGUCGGUGAUGGGACUACUUCAGUAACUGUGCUUGCCGCUGAACUGUUAAAAGAGGCUGAGAAGCUCGUCAACCAACGCAUCCAUCCACAAACAAUUAUCUCUGGUUAUCGUCGAGCCCUAACGAUUGCUCAAAACGCUCUUCGUUCUUCGUGUGUUGAAUCUGGAGAGAAUAUGAAGGACGAUCUGAUGAAAAUUGCAUGCACCACUUUGGGAUCUAAGAUUCUCAAUCAGCACAAGGAGCAUUUCGCUAAGCUAGCUGUCGAUGCAGUCCUGAGGAUGAAGGGAUCGGGAGAUUUGGAUGCGAUUCAAAUUAUCAAGAAGCUCGGAGGUUCAAUGAGUGACUCUUAUCUCGAUGAAGGAUUUCUUCUUGAGAAGUUGCCGGGAAUGUUUCAACCAAGAAGGAUGGAGAAGGCCAAGAUUCUCAUUGCCAACACGCCAAUGGAUACAGAUAAGGUGAAGGUCUUUGGUUCCCGUGUUCGUGUCGAAUCUGUCGCCAAAGUGGCGGAAUUGGAGGCUGCGGAAAAGCUGAAGAUGAAAGAAAAGUUAAUCUACAAUUAUCCUGAGCAGUUAUUCGCUGAUGCCGGUGUGAUGGCUAUCGAGCACGCUGACUUCGAAGGCAUCGAACGGCUUGCAUUAGUUCUUGGUGGAGAGAUUGUUUCGACGUUUGAUACACCAGAAAAUGUCAAGUUUGGAUCCUGUGAUCUUAUCGAAGAAGUGAUGAUUGGCGAAGAUCGUCUGUUGCGCUUUAGCGGAGUUCCACUUGGAGAAGCAUGUUCUAUAGUGCUCCGUGGAGCCACUCAACAAAUCUUAGAAGAAGCGGAACGAUCGCUACACGAUGCUCUUUGUGUCUUAGUUACCCAUGUGAAAGAGUCGAAGGCUGUAGCUGGUGCAGGUGCCUCAGAAAUUCUUAUGAGCACCGCAGUUGCUAUGGAAAGUCAUAAGGUGGCAGGCAAAGAGGCAUUGGCAGUUGAAGCCUUCGGUCGUGCUUUGGCGCAGCUGCCAACGAUCAUCUGUGAUAAUGCUGGUCUCGAUAGCGCUGAUCUGGUAACCAGAUUGAGGGCGGAACAUGCCAAUGGGCAUCAUAAUAUGGGAAUAGAUGUUGUGAAUGGAACAAUCGCCGACGUUGUUAAAUUGGGAAUUAUUGAAUCGUUCAAUGUGAAGAUGUGUAUGGUGUCAAGCGCAGCUGAAGCGGCAGAGCAGAUUCUCCGUGUCGACAACAUCAUCAAAUGUGCCCCACGUGCUCGUCCAGCUGAUCGCCGACCAUGUUAA